CAAGGAACACCGCUUCAUACAUACACUGUUGUUAGCGACGUAGCCACUUCGGCCAAUUUCAUUUAUUGACAUUUUCAUUUGCGACCACUUCUCACAACUUCACUUUUUAUCACGGACAGGUGACUGCACGAGUAGCGGUGUACUGGUUGAUCCCCGUUACAUCUGGUUUGUCCAAUUGUUGCUGGUGGCAGUCCUGCGAGCCCCUUUGAGUAUGCAUAUACAAUGAAGAAGCGUGUGGAGGACCAGGAACCAAUAUUUGCGCCCCAGCAACAGCAAUCACGUCGCCCCACAGUGCAAAGUAUUGCCGACAGCUUCCAGCACCGGGCCCUCGCCCCGGCCCCUACUGUGAUAGAGGCAGCUCCAGACAAAAUGCAGCCAUCCACCGGCAUCCAGUAUUCUCUCCCCCAGGGCUACCAGGUGCCUACAAUGCCCCAGAGCACAAGUGGACACGGACAUAACAAUUCUGCACCUCAUGUGGGUCCCCACGCACACAGCCUAGCAGUUCAGUCCCAGGGCCCUGCAGUGGUCCAUGGUCAUGUUCAUCCACCUACGCCCAUGACUUCAACCCAAGGACAGCAGUUUCAGCGACUGAAGGUAGAAGAUGCCUUGUCCUAUCUGGAUCAAGUGAAGCUGCAGUUUGGGAAUCAGCCUCAAGUUUACAAUGAUUUUCUGGAUAUUAUGAAAGAGUUCAAGUCACAGAGCAUAGACACUCCUGGAGUCAUCAACCGCGUGUCCCAGCUCUUCAAGGGCCAUCCAGACCUCAUUAUGGGCUUUAACACUUUCUUGCCACCUGGAUAUAAGAUUGAGGUUCAAACCAAUGAUCUAGUCAAUGUGACCACGCCAGGUCAGAUUCACUACAUCACUCCUCAAGGUAUUUCUGUUCAGAACAUCCCUGUUAGUGGAGCAUCGAGCCAACCUGCAAGCCACCACCAGCACCAGAGUCUGCCACAGGCUGGCCCGCAAACUACCACUACCACUGCCACCACCACUACAACUACCAUACCCACCCCUACCCAGCCAGCUCCAAAUAAAACCAGCAAGCCAAUUCAGUCUCCAGCCCAUACACCCACCAGCCAGCCCAACCCAUCCAUCCCAUCUUACGCCUCACCGCGCUCACCUUCAGUUCAGUCCCACACUCCUGUGAGCAGCACACCGUCUGGUGGGCCACCUCUCCAGAACAACCAGCCUGUGGAAUUCAACCACGCUAUAAAUUAUGUCAACAAGAUCAAGAACCGCUUCCAGGGUCAGCCAGACAUCUACAAAGCCUUCCUGGAAAUCCUUCACACAUACCAGAAGGAACAACGAAAUGCUAAAGAGGCAGGAGGCAACUACAUCCCAGCACUGACUGAGCAGGAGGUCUACACUCAGGUGGCAAGACUCUUCAAGAACCAGGAGGACCUUCUCUCAGAGUUUGGACAGUUCCUACCUGAUGCAAACAGCUCGCUGCUGCUAGGCAAAACUACACCAGACAGGGCAGAGUCGGUGCGUAAUGAUCAUGGCGGCACAGUAAAGAGACCCUUAAUGAACAACAAACAGAGGCUGAGUCAGAACGGCCUGCCAAUCAGGAGACCAGCUGGAGUGGGAGCUGCACCGCCUGUCAAGAAGAAACCCAAAAUAAUGGGGAAGGACCAUGGUAUGACUGAAGUCAGCAAACACAGCACCAGCACUGAAAAUAUGUUCUUUGAGAAGGUGAAGAAGGCUCUUCAGAGCUCUGAGGCAUAUGACAACUUCCUGCGGUGUCUUCACAUUUUCAACCAGGAAGUUAUCUCACGGGCUGAGCUGGUGCAGUUAGUCAUCCCUUUUCUUGGAAAAUUCCCAGAGCUUUUUACAUGGUUUAAAAACUUCUUGGGCUACCGAGAGUCCAGUCACGGGGAGUCGAGCCAUACAGAGAGUUUACCCAAGGAGCGUGCAACAGAGGGAAUUGCCAUGGAGAUUGACUAUGCUUCUUGCAAGAGGCUGGGGUCCAGCUAUAGAGCACUGCCGAAGAGUUACCAGCAGCCCAAGUGCACAGGAAGGACGCCGCUAUGCAGAGAGGUUCUGAAUGACACAUGGGUGUCGUUUCCAUCGUGGUCUGAGGAUUCUACAUUUGUGAGCUCCAAGAAGACUCAGUAUGAGGAGCACAUUUACAGAUGUGAGGAUGAGCGUUUUGAGCUGGAUGUUGUGUUGGAAGCCAAUCUUGCCACGAUACGAGCCCUGGAGACAGUGCAGCGGAGGCUUUCUCGCAUGUCAGCUGAGGAGCAGCUGCGCUUCAAGUUGGACAACACAAUUGGCGGCUCCUCGGAGGUCAUUCACCGCAAAGCUAUCCAGAGGAUAUAUGGAGACAAGGCCAACGAUAUCAUCGACGGGCUCAGGAGGAACCCAGCUGUGUCUGUCCCCAUAGUGCUGAAAAGAUUAAAAAUGAAGGAGGAGGAGUGGAGAGAAGCCCAGAGAGGCUUCAACAAAAUCUGGCGGGAGCAGAAUGAAAAGUAUUACCUGAAGUCUCUUGACCAUCAAGGCAUCAACUUCAAGCAGAAUGACACUAAAGUGUUGCGCUCAAAAACCUUACUGAAUGAAAUUGAGAUGCUGUAUGAUGAUCGCCAAGAACGAGCAUCAGAGGAAACUGUCGUACCAGCACCAAGUGGCCCACAUAUGACCCUGACUUAUGAAGAUAGCCAAAUCCUGGAGGAUGCUGCUGCACUUAUCAUCCACCACGUCAAAAGACAAGUGGGAAUCCAGAAAGAAGACAAGUACAAGAUUAAACAGAUCAUCCACCACUUCAUCCCUGACCUGCUGUUUGCACGGCGAGGUGAGCUCUCUGAUGUGGAGGAAGAGGAAGAAGAGGAGGAGGAAGACUUGGAGAUGGAUCAAGACGGCCCCAAGAAGCACAAUGGCUUGCCAGGCAGCAGCCCACCAAAGUCUAAACUCCUCUUCAGCAACACAGCAGCUCAGAAGCUGCGAGGCACAGAUGAUGCCUAUAAUCUGUUCUUCGUCAACAACAACUGGUAUAUCUUCCUUCGUCUUCACUACAUCUUGUGUUCCCGUUUGCUGCGAAUCUACGGGCAAGCUGAGAAGCAGAUUGAAGAGGAUGCCCGUGAGCGAGAGCAGGAAAGAGAAGUGUUGGGGCUCAAGAGGGACAAAAAUGAAAAUCCAGCGAUCCAACUGAAGAUGAAGGAGCCGAUGGAUGUUGAUGUAGAGGACUAUUACUCAGUGUUUCUGGAAAUGGUGCGUAAUCUUUUGGAUGGAAACAUGGAGCCAGCUCAGUAUGAGGACUCCCUGAGGGAAAUGUUUACUAUCCAUGCCUACAUUGCCUUCACCAUGGACAAACUCAUCCAGAGCAUUGUCCGGCAGCUCCAGCACCUUGUCACUGAUGAUGUAUGUGCGCGUGUGACGGACAUGUACCUGAGUGAAAGUGCCAAUAAAGCCACUGGGGGCACACUGUCCACGCAGACAUCCAGAGCCACAGCAGAGGGGGCCUACCAGCGCAAAGCAGAGCAACUUAUGUCCGAUGAGAAUUGCUUCAAGUUGAUGUUUGUAAAGAGCCGGGGAUCUGUCAGUCUGGCCAUAGAACUGCUGGACACGGAAGAGGAAAACUCUGAUGAGCCAGCGGAGGCAGAGAGGUGGUCAGACUACGUGGGCAGAUACCUGAACUCAGAUUCUGCAUCCCCAGAGCUGCGUGAGCAUCUUGCCCAGAAGCCGGUGUUCCUCCCCAGGAAUUUGAGAUGGAUAAGGAAGUGCCAGAGAGGAUGGGAGCAACUGCAACAGGAGCGAAUGAGCAAGGUUCCCUCGGACAAGUCGCAAGAAGGCAACAGUGAGCUAAAGAUGGAGUGCAUGUUCAAGCUCAACUCCUACAAGAUGGUCUAUGUCUGCAAGUCAGAAGACUAUAUGUACAGGCACACAGCACUCACACGGGCUCAUCAGUCCCAACAGAGGGUCAACACACGCCUGCACAGACGCUUUCAGGCCUGGCUGGACACCUGGGCCAAAGAGCACGUGACCAGCGACAUGGCUGCUGAGAGCCGCAAGUGGCUGAUGGGAGAUGAACAUGAAGGCCUGUUGUCCUGCACCACAACCUGCAGCCCUGAAGUCCUCCAUUAUCUCAAUAUUAACAAGUACCGGGUGAAGUACAGAACACUGUAGUACUGUAGUGUACUCUCGUAUCGAAAGAUAAACUGUGGCAGUGACGGUUGUCACACAACAAACACCCAGUGAUGACUUCAUAUAUAAGUGGCUUCAUGUAGAUUUUCCCAUCCUGCUGUUACUGGAUCCAGUUGCCAAAAGUUUAAGGAGUUAUUAGUCCACAAUUCAAAUGGGAUGUAAAUUUUCCACUUUUUGCAAAAAGCUGAACUUUGUCCUAACUUACAAGCUUUUACUGCAAAUUCUGCAACAUAUGUGAAACAGUUGUUUUGUCACUAUGUUGGGGGGAAAAACCCGGUCAUCUCAGUAAUCCCAUCUGAAUAUAAAUGCAGAUUUUUACACAAGAUUAAUAUACACUCCACUGCAUCUUCUCUUUAGAGCAAUUCACAGUUUAAACAAAAAACUCAGCAACUCAACAAUGAAAAGUGUUUGAUAACCACUUCAUGGUUUUACAGGAAAUACAAACAAAUAACCUCAGCUUUCUCUUUAGUGAGAACAGCUACCUGUUACUUCUGUUAAAAUGUGAGUUGUCAGACUUCCAGCUGUAAACUUUGUAUAGCCUGUGAAUGUUUUCCUUUUUGGUAGUAAAGGUGCAAAAAGGCACUAUAUAUAUAUAUAUUCAACAUCUCUGGCUACUGCUGGGUAGAUGCUUGGUAUCAAUACAAUGCCAGCAGUGUGAAUCAAGUACAAUAAUUUAUGACCGCCCAUACACUUUGUGUAAAUAUGUUGUUUAUAUCUAUCUAGAUUUUUUUUUUUUUUUAAUCAGAUGUCAUUGAUGUGUAGCAUACAUUAACACAUAGUAUCUUUAGCUAGAGGUUGCAGAGAAGUUUAUUAAGAAAAUGAAAACUUAUAACUGUUUUUUACCAAAGGAUGUUAAUUAGAGACCUUUUUUCCUAUGUGGUCUGUUAAAUGUGUUGUCCCUAAAGUCUUUGUUUAGUAGAAAAACUACCCAUUUUAUAUGCGUUCAACCCCUUUCUGUGCAUCUUUGGCAUCGGUGUCACUUGUGGUUUUAAGAUGAUUGAAUGUAACUGAGCAGCAAUUUCUCCUUUUUACAGAAGUAUAUGUCUGUUUUUCAAAGUACUGAAGUCUAACAGUGCUAUCACCCUUUUCUUCUAUUUAGACUUUACCAAAUCGUCAGAAUCUGUAUGAGUGGUUCAGUGGUCUCACAAUGUAUCACCUAUAAAAAAAGUGUAGGAGUUUUGUUUUUUAUGCCCAGUGUUGACGACGAACACUGACUGACGUAUGAUAGGUCUAUACGUGAAUGUCAGCUAUGUGACUUGUGUACAGUUUUUAACGAUUAACAAAACAAGCAAGCAAUAAUUCCUUCAGUCACAGUCUAUCAUAGCUAGCAGUUUGUAUUUCUUGCUGAAAUACAAAUGUGAAUGUUGUAUUUCCUUAAAAGACGAAAGUAAACUUAGGAUUUUUAUUUCCUUUUCCCCUCUGUAGUUUGUUUAAUAAAACUGGAUUUGGCACUGUAGAUAAUGUAGGUAAGGCUGCAUGGGAAGAUACCCAUCUCCCUAAAUGCUGUAAAGUGUGUUUCACAGUGGGAAUCAAUAUGUAAGCAACAUUAACAGUCAGAUCCUUGUAAUUUUUUACAUAUGGAUCAUAACAUGAGAAGGAUGGAUGCAAACACACUAAAUAUUCAGUAUGAAAGCGCAGAUUGGCAACACUCUUGCAGAAGAAAAAGAGGGAAAAUAAAAUAAAAAGAAACUGCCUGCCAUUUUCGUGAACUCCAUUGAAUGGUCAGUAACAUAACCAGCUACAGACAAUCUUGGAACAGUUUAUAACUUGGGUUUUUAUUUUUAUAUUUACUGUGUUUUAAUAUGAAAUACCACAGGAGGUCCCACGGAGCUGAUUGUACAUAAAGACAUUGUUUGUACCUCAUUUAAUGUGUCUCUUCUCUUGACUUAUAUGAUGUUGUACAUGAGUGUUAGUAUGGUGUUUGGCAUUAAACUAUCCUUUAAAUAGAAA